ACGAGAGAGGAGCUUCCAGUUGUGCAGCAGGAGGCAACAACAAGGGUGAUAGGGAGGAUGAGGACCCCCUUUUCAGCUGGGUGCGGAGGGGAGGCAUGGCGAAAGAUUUGGUCGACCGUGCCCGCCUGUGUGUUGAUGACAAAGCGUUCUGGACGACGGGGGAGGGGCGAAGUCUGUACAACAUCCUCCACGAUAUGCGAGAGUACUUUGUCACCAUCGCCAKCGGGCUGCAAGCGCCCUCCGUCCCCCGGAGCGUCGUCAUGCCGAGAUCCACCAUGAGCCUAACAAGGAUUGCAGAUCCCGCACAACAACAAYAGGCGAUCUCCCGCGCGGCGGUAGUGGAGAAUAUUGCUAUGCGCGUCUUGCACGGAUGGGUCUUCAAGUCCGGGAACCGCCCCCGAGGAUACAAUCUCGCUUUCCAGUACGUGCUGGAGUCGGUGGCGACAGACAUUGCGCGUGCCAUGUGGUACGGCGAGGAGUGGAGCAACAUCGUGAGUGCGUUCGUUUGCGCGCACACAAUCGACCUGAACAUGGACUUGCCACUGUGGUUUCCAAGCGCGAACAUCGAGGACAGGCAGGAGGACGACGACAUGGCGGCGCACCAGGAGUCGACCGUUAUAUGCAUCGCGCAUGCAUUCCGCGCCGCGGUGCAAAUGGGUGCCAACAUCGACGGCGGGCUCAUCUCACACGACCGUAUGUCAAGGAUUGCAGAUUGCUUCAGGCAUUUGUUGGAGGCCAGCAUGUGGUUGAUGCGCAUGGCGGGAGACGAUCCACGCAGCCACUAUGAAGCCUUCUACUUCUCGAAGCUGGUCGCGAAGCCCACGCUCGCCGCAUCCAUGCAUCGCUCCUUCGAGCAUCGACGAUCCGUCAUCCGAGCCACCAACACCAUGACGGAGAGACUCGGGAAGGCGAACGCCACCUUCGGAGAGUACCCGAAGUACAUCCCCGACUGGGCUUCGUGCGGCAUCGUCUUCGGGCCAACGCGAGCAUAACAGGGCCGGAGGACGCGAAGAGGAGGGAUUGGUUCUAUUCACGCCCCUUGGAG